GAAUAUUGUAAAAGGAUUCUGCGCAUGUUCACUCAACCAAAACGUGUGUUAAUAUAACCAAAUUUUCCAACUAAAUUUUGUUUCAUUCAACAAAAUGGGUCUCUCAGUGUACACUGUGUUCAGUCAUAAUAAAGAAUGUAUUUAUUGCCUACAAAGUAGAAUGUUUCUAGACGCAAAAAACACGUUGAAGAUUAGGCUUCAUAGGCACGCGUGUUCGUUGCCGCGCAAAUCUAGCGAAUCGCUUCUCCUUUUCGAGAGAAAAGCCUGAUCUACGAUGUGCUUGCAUCAAAAAAUAUUCCAUUUUAUAUAAGCAAAUCAAAACGCUUAAAAAGUGUGUCGACAAUGUUCGGCCGUGUACAAUUUAUCAACUUGCAAAGGCUUUUUAAACGUAUUUAUUAGCUACAGGAUAAAGUGUUGCUGGACGUUAAGUGCACGUUGUAGAUCAGGGGCUCGAUUCUUGAAAUCAUCCGAUAGAGAAAAACGUGUGCGGCAGCCAAGCGACCGCAUCAGUAGACGCAGUUUAAUCAUUUAAUGAUCAUAUUCUUUAUUAUGGCUGAACAUAAUGUACCAAUCCAGUGUUUAUCUUUCGUCUUCUAAUGAAGGAAAAAUUCCAAUGUAGAGGAAGAAAUACGUAUGCAUACAUAUUUUCUAUAAAACGAUAAUGUUGUUCGAAUGAAACGACAAUAUCGUUUAGAUUAAAGAGAAUAUUCCUUUUGUUUCAAACAAAUAUUUUAUUUCUGACAAAGAUAUAUGUAUAUAUAUAUAUUAUUUCUAAUUCAAACAUUGAUUUGUUUCGACCAUUCCAAGUAUCAAAUUUCUUCGGAUACAAUAAAAUUUAUUAAAUUCAAAGAAAUCGUUCUCUCCGUGCACGUUUCUUCUCUGAAUGAAUUCAAGACUCGAGCUCCAGGCUGAAAGAUCCGGGGAGUCGAGACCGCGAGUGCGUUCCCCAAAUUACGCAAAAGCUAUGUUGCCGCCCACGCCUCGCGUCAUCAACGGACAAGACAGAAAUCGACAGCCUCCGCGUUGCCGGAAAUCGGGAGCAUCGCCAUUACGUCGCCAUCCUCGGGUAUCGCGAUCGCGUCGCAUUUUCCCCUUCGUGCAUCCGCACGACCGAGGUCGUGCGCGCGCGCGCAUUCACGCGGAGCCGUGAUUCUCAGUUUGGUAGCCGCGCGCGCGCGCACCUCGCCCGCUUUCCCGCCGUAUCUCGGCUCGGAUCGAUCCGGGUGCCCGACGUGUCGCUUCGCCGAACGUCGCGUAACCCCGUAAAGCCCCGACGGGGUUUCGGGCCGGCGUCCUCCUUUCCUUCCGCGACGGCUCGAUGUUUUCGGCACGACCAGUAACCGCGGCGCGCCGCCACGUUCCAGCCCAAGCGCGCUCCGAGCCUUCCCCCUCCCGCGGCGGAACGAGAGAGGCAGAGAGAGAGAGAGAGAGAGUCCUCUCCGCGCGACGUAUAUAGUCCGCCGACCUGUUCAAUGACUGCUUGCGCUAUCAAUUUGACCUUGGCGACAAUCGCGAGUCCGUCCUCAUGAAUUCGCCCCGGCGUCAUUUUUAGCCCGCCGCGGCGCACGCAGGCAGACAGAGGCACGCACGCACGUACGAAACGCACGCACACGCUCCACCACCAUCACUACCAACCACCACCACCACCACCACCAUACACUCGUGAUAUAGUCCGAGACAAGGCUAUUAUGAAUUACGAUGAGCAGCCACGAUAACGAUUUGGAGGAUGGAGAAAUCCCAUCGGACGAGGACGACGAGCCAGUCAUCCGUGCGGCGAAUGACGCACCGGAGGCUCCCAAGCCAGCACCAAAGCCAGACUCUGCGAAGAAUAAGAAUUUUGAUGCAAAGUUCAACAAGAACAAAAAGCCACAGGCUGCACAGGCAGCUGGUAAGCACGAUCGGUUCUUGAAGUACAAGGGCCCGACCGAGGACUGGGCUGGAGAUGUCGAGAAGGCUAUUAAGGCUGCGAUGGAGGAGGACAGCAGCAAGAGUCAGGAGCCCAAGGCGAAGAACAAGAACAACAGGAACAAAGUUAGGAAAAGGAUACGCGAGGAGAGAGAGGAGGAUCGUGGUAAAGAGCAGAAGAAGCGAAAAUUGAGCGAUGACGAGAACACGAAUGAGGAUGAAGACGAGAUGCUGUUCGUACGGGGGGCUUCGCCCAUCAGGAAGGACGCCCAAGAGAACAAUUCUCCCAGGCGUACGAACGAGCAUGAGAAUUUUGACACCAAUGCGGAAUUCGAGGAAAGGCCCAACAUAAACCGACACAGAGAAAACGAGAGCAAACGCGGUGCCGGACGUGGAGGAGGAGGGCGUCGCGGUGGCAAGAACGAACGCGGUAAGAACAAGACCCGGGGCCAGCUUCGAAAUGACCGAAAUGGUCGUCGUCCGCAGAACAACGAUCACGCGCAGGAAAUGGACACGAUAUGCGUAUAUUAUAUGCAAGGAAAGUGUCACAGAGGGGACGAGUGUCCAUUCUCGCAUAACGCGUUGCCACCUAGAAAAAUGGAGUUGUGCAAGUUCUAUCUUAUGGAUUGUUGUGCGAAACGAGACAAGUGCCUCUACAUGCAUCAUGAUUUUCCUUGCAAGUUCUUCCAUACUGGUUUAAAGUGCAAUCAGGGUGACAAUUGUAAAUUCUCUCAUCAACCUUUGAACGAGCAGGUAAAAGGUAUUCUUUUGAAACACUUGGAAACCGCACCGAAGGAAAUUCUUGGCGAUUUUCCAAGGUUAAGUAGAGAGGGUGCGAUGUUAAUGAUAAAUAACACAGCACGUUCUCUGGCUCAAGGUCAAGAUACAACGAAUCAAAAGAUUCCUAGUCUCUUCGAAUUGAAUUUAUCAGUACCUGGAGAAAAGACCGAUGAAAAAGAAGAGAAAGACGAACAAACGAAUCAGCAAAAAGCUAAUAUGAGAGAAAGAAAACCUUCUGGAAAGAAGACGCGAUGGGGCUCGGACGAGGAUAGAGUUCCUUAUGAGCAGGUUAUGCUAUUGCAGUCAGCAAAUGAGCUUGGUCUUCAACUUCCAAACGCUGCGUUAGGUUUAGCCAUACAGCAGCAAAAACAGCAGCAAAUAGUUGCAGCGCCUUUAGAUUUUUAUACCGAAAAACCUGCAGAGUCAAACAAAACUGAAACGACGAGAGAAAAUCUUGCGAAGAAUGUGGAAAAGGAAGACGACAUAGUGGAUGAGCAGAGAAAGCGAAAAGAUGUUGACUUGAGGCAGCUAUUGAAUGCAAAGAAACCACCACCCGUUUAUAGUAUAGCUGAUAAAGUAGCGAGUCUCACGAGAAAUAAACACGAUGACGAGAGUGAUCAAGAUGAGGAAUCGGAACUCGUUAUUGAAGUGCCAACCGAAGAUGAGGACAAGGAAAAAGGAAAGCUCUUUGGUAGCGAACUAAGCGAACAAUGUCAGGAUACCUCUCUAGAUGAACACGAGACGGUGCCGCCCAACUUGCCAAAGAAGGCGCAAGAAUUGUUUAUGCGAAUACAGCAGCAGCAACGCGCGGCUCAGGACAGUUUGAAAAAUAUGGACAACGAUUCCGACGCACCUAAUCCCGAUCAGAUAAUUGAAGAUUGGUAUUCGGAUGACGAGGAUGAUGAUGACGAUGACGACGAGGGGGGUAAUCUUACUAUAGUGGAUAGUUCGAAAGACGAGAUCGAGCCAGUCGAGAAGACACAAAAUGUCGUUAUCAAGGAGGAAUUCCAGCCUGCGACAUCAGUAUCCAACGUACCUCAGCCGGCCGCUAUUGUGGAUAAAUUAGGUGAUCUCAGCAAAAUCGAUAUCAGCGCCGAGGUAUCCAAGUUGCUUUCCACCCUGAAGGCUCAGAGCUCCACGGGCAGCAAGACGCAGCAAGCAGCAACCUCGAAUCAAGACGUGUCGAAGGCUAAAUCGGCACAAGAUACGAAGACGGAUAGCGAGACGUCGAGUCCGAGGCGAUCACCAGGUCCGAGUUCGGCAACUGUGUCUGUGUCCAGGGAUCCACGAAUGUCUCGGGAUCCUAGGCAACGACGAGAGGUCGAGCAAAAGCCAAGCAGUCCUAGCAUAUCUUCCGACGCGAAGAGGGAGUCGCAGAAGCCUCUCAGGCUGGAGACAAGCAUCUACAGUUCCGGCAUCACCGCGGUGGACGCGAACAUGGACACCGAUCUCCGUACGAGAGCGGAUCAAGAUCUCAGGCGGCAGGACAUGGACUUCCGACAGCGUUUCCAAUCCGGCGACUUUGGCGACACGGAUCUACGCGUCAAGUCUGACGUGGAUCUGCGGCAGAUACUGAGCCUGCCGUUCAAGCCGGCGCCCUCGCACAUACCGUGCACCGAGAUCGACGCGAGUAUCGCGUCGCAUCCGCCGAUAGUGUACAAGGUCUAUGUGGUCGACAUACCCAGGCCGGAUUACACCGGUCUCAAGUUAACGAAGAAUGACGCACAGGUCAAGUACGAUCCGCGCCUCCGCAAGAUCUUCCGUAUUUCCAAGCCGGAACAACUGGCUGACUCGCCGAUGUCGCCGCCGCCGCAAAUCAAGCAGGACACACCAAAGUCGCCGCCGCAAUGCGUCCGCUCGGAUCCGCGACGGAAGACUCUCGAGGCGGCGGCUUCCAGUCAGCAGUCAUCCUCGCAGAACACGGCCAAUGCUUCGAUGAUGUCGAAAGGGAUGCAACCGAUGGAGCCAAUGGGACCUAAUAUGGGUCUUGGUGGGAUGCAGGUGAGACCUGGCAUGCCUGGAGGUCCGCUGCCCGGUGGACCCGGCAUACCCGGUCCGCCUCAGGGUAUGAUGGGUCCCCCGAUGGGUCCGAACCAUCCGAUGGGCAUGGGUAACAUGGGUCCGAUGAGGCCUAUGAUGCCGCCGCAGAAUAUGCCGCCCAUGGGCAUGCCGCACGGUCCGGGGAUGGGCAUGAACGGGCCCCCCGGUCCGAUGCCACCUCAGGGUCAGAUGAAUUUCGACCCACGUUUCAACGCGCAGCGUAACAACGGGGCCGGGCUGUUGGGCCCUGGACCACCGGGUAACUUUGGCCCGGACAAUUACGAAGGAGGGCCACCUUAUCCCUGCGGUGGUAACUUCAAUAAUUUUGGACCCGGUGGUAGUGGCGGCGGUGAUCCAUUCGGUCCGAACGGAUCGAACGGGCCCAACUUUGGCCCCCCGAUGGGAGGUGACGACUGGGGCAGCAGACAACGCGGCGGCCGUAUCCGCCGGAGAAAUCGCAGCAGGACCAAUAUGGUGACCAAUAAUUAAAAGGUGUAUUUAGGGGAAAUAAACUGUGAGCACCUGAUGAUGAUAAUUCUCACGGGCGAUAGAGUUCGCGUGCAUUUACGCCUACACGCAGUGCACUCAGAAGCAUACUUUGAAGUCUUUCCAAUUUAUUUCCAUGGUACGAUAUCGAGACAUUUUCUUACAUAGAUCUACAGAUCUAUUAUGAAUUUGUGAAAAUAUUCACAUGUAAAUAUUUAUAAAUACCCUUUACAAGAAAUUAUUAUUCUAUCUAU